AUGAGGCGCCUGCUUAUAUUGUGUAUCCUGACAGUGAUCCAAAUAAAUGGACUCAUUGCUCAGAAAAAGGCUAUAGGCACUUUGUACAGAUGGAAGCAAGUGGAUUUUGCAUACCCAACGCCUGAAGAGCGAGAUGAUGCAAUAAACAAUCAGGAAUUUAUCCAGGCUAAUGUUAUACCAUUAGGAGUUGAAAGAUGGAAAGAUCGAGUGUUUGUGAGUACUCCACGGUGGAAGAAAGGUGUACCAGCAACAUUGUCCUGGUUGCCGAUCCACGCUGAAUCUGAAUCCCCGCCUCUGGAACCAUACCCUGACUGGGACUGGCAUAAUGGAGAAAACUGCACCGGUUUCACAUCUGUUUUUCGCAUGGCAGUGGAUCACUGUGGAGUCAUGUGGGUUCUAGAUUCUGGCCAAGUGGAAGCUUUCGAAACACCGCGUCAACUUUGUCCUCCAACCCUGUUUGCUAUAGAUUUAGAAACGGACACAGUCAUUUCACGUUACCAAAUACCAAAUGAAUUUGUUCUUCAAAAUUCUCUAAUUACAAACUUAAUAGUAGACUCAAGAGAUGCUCGUUGUAGAGAUCUUCAUGUUUAUAUUGCGGAUGCCUGGCGUUUUGGUUUGAUUGUAUUCAGAGAAGAAGAUACAGCUUUUUGGCGAUUUACUCAUUACAGCUUUUACCCUGAACCACUAUUAUCGAAUUACACGCUACAUGGACUUAACUUUCAAUGGUCCGACGGUUUGUUUGGAAUGGCGUUAGGCAAAUUUCAAUCAGGUGAUCGACCUCUUUAUUAUCACUCGAUGUCAGGUUCUUACGAGUUUAUGGUUAGUACGGCUAUCUUAAGAGAUCCGUCACGUCUUAGUGAUGCUGUAGGUGAAUUCAAACUUAUCGGCGAGAGCCGUGGCCCUGAUGGACAAGUCUCAGCCGCAGCUGUUGACCGCAAUGGUGUCAUGUUCUUUAACCUAGUUUCACGCGACAGUAUUGGAUGUUGGGAUACUCGUAAAGCUUACAAAAAUGAAAAUUUAGGUAUUGUUGCUAGAAAUAAUAAAACAUUAAUUUUUCCUAAUGAUUUAAGGAUAGAUCACGAAAUACCACAAAAGAUUUGGAUUGUAACAAAUCGUCUACCAUUCUAUCAAUUUAACCUUAUUAAUCCCAAUGAGUUUAAUUACAGGAUAAUGUACUUAGAUCCUAUACAGGCUAUAGAAAAUAAUAUAUGUCAAUCAAGUAUUCCCGACUAAGAAAAAAAUGCAAAAUAUAGAAUAUUUUUUGUACUUGUACAUUAUCUUGAUAAUGCCUCAAGUAUAAAUAUAUCACAUAAU